AAGCAGUAAAUGCACUCUCUGUAUGGAAACGAGAGGACGGAUCCCUGGGAGCUUUCGUAUUCAAAAAUGUGCAAGCUUUGAGCAGACGCUGCAAUGUAAUUUAGGGCAAUGCAUGCUUCAUAGCGUUGGAGAAUAUUGCCUCCCGUAAAUGUUACUUCGGCGGAUGGCAGUAAUUUUAGAAAGGUGGCAUUCUUGUUUUACAUUGAGAAACUUCAGAAUAAAUAAAAGGAAGCAUCAAUCGGGGAGUGGAAGGCUUUGCAACGGCGGAAAAGUACCAAUGGAUCUGAACUAGCGCUAGAUGCCACGCAAGUGAUGGGAAUGAGGACAGUCCGGAUGCAAAGGGAAAGGUGCUUAGAGGGAAGGAAGAGACAAGAGUGGAUUAAUGUGGAAAUGGGACAGAAGAGGCUGACUGCCAAAGUCAACAACUGCUCUCAUCUCUACUGAGAGCAUCAGAAGCAAAGGCAGAUAUAGAAGACUGAAUUGGUGGAGUGGUUACAAAAGAGCAGCAAAGCUGGGAAACACAAUAGGAUGUCUUCCAAGCGACCAGCCUCUCCGUAUGGGGAAGCAGAUGGAGAGGUAGCCAUGGUGACAGGCAGACAGAAAGUGGAAGAAGAGGAGAGUGACGGGCUCCAAGCCUUUCACCUUCCUUUGCAUGUGAGUUUUCCCAACAAGCCUCAUUCUGAGGAAUUUCAGCCAGUUUCUCUGCUGACGCAAGAGCCUUGCGGCCAUAGGACUCCCACCUCUCAGCAAAACACAAUGGAAGUUGAUGGCAAUAAAGUGAUGUCUUCAUUUGCUCCACACAACUCAUCUACCUCACCCUCGAAGGCAGAAGAAGGUGGGCGUCAAAGUGGAGAGUCUUUCUCCAGUACAGCCCUCGGUACUCCUGAGAGACGUAAAGGCAGUCUAGCAGAUGUUGUGGACACAUUAAAACAGAGGAAAAUGGAGGAGCUCAUCAAGAAUGAACCAGAAGAAACCCCCAGUAUUGAAAAGCUACUAUCAAAAGAUUGGAAAGACAAGCUUCUUGCCAUGGGAUCAGGGAACUUUGGAGAAAUAAAAGGGACUCCAGAGAGCCUAGCUGAGAAAGAGAGGCAGCUUAUGGGCAUGAUCAAUCAGCUGACCAGUUUGCGGGAGCAGCUGCUGGCAGCGCAUGAUGAGCAGAAGAAACUGGCGGCCUCGCAAAUUGAGAAGCAACGCCAGCAAAUGGAGCUGGCCAAGCAGCAACAGGAACAGAUUGCAAGACAACAGCAGCAGCUUCUGCAGCAACAACACAAAAUCAACCUUCUACAGCAACAGAUCCAGGUCCAAGGUCAGCUACCGCCAUUAAUGAUUCCAGUAUUCCCCCCAGACCAACGGACUCUAGCAGCAGCAGCCCAGCAAGGAUUCCUCCUUCCUCCUGGUUUCAGCUACAAGGCAGGCUGCAGUGACCCUUACCCUGUUCAGCUGAUCCCAACAACCAUGGCAGCUGCUGCCGCAGCAACCCCCGGCUUAGGCCCUCUCCAACUGCAGCAGUUGUAUGCUGCCCAGCUUGCUGCAAUGCAAGUAUCCCCAGGUGGAAAAAUACCCGGCAUUCCCCAAAGCAACCUCGGAGCAGCAGUAUCACCUACCAGCAUCCAUACUGACAAGAGCACAACCAGCCCUCCGCCCAAAAGCAAGGACGAUGUGGCUCAGCCACUGAACCUCUCGGCAAAACCCAAGACGAAUGACAGCAAGUCACCCACAUCUCCCACCUCUCCCCAUAUGCCAUCACUGAGAAUAAACAGCGGGAGCAGCUCUCUGAAAUCUUCUGUGCCAGCAACGUUAGCUAGUCCUUCAGCAAGGGUCAACACAAUAGAUAUCCUUUCCUCCAUCACGUCAUCAGGUUACUUAAAUGAUCAUGAUGCUGUUACCAAGGCAAUCCAAGAGGCUCGGCAGAUGAAAGAACAGCUACGGCGGGAGCAACAGGUCCUGGAUGGGAAGGUUGCUGUCGCAAACAACCUGGGUCUAAAUAACUGCAGGACAGACAAGGACAAAACGACACUGGAGAACUUGACUCAGCAAUUGGCCGUCAAACAGAAUGAAGACGGGAAGUUUAGCCAUGCUAUGAUGGAUUUUAACAUGAGCGGAGAUUCUGAUGGAAGUGCUGGAGUAUCAGAGUCUCGGAUUUAUCGGGAAGCCCGAGGACGUGGGAGCAACGAGCCCCACAUCAAGCGCCCAAUGAAUGCCUUCAUGGUGUGGGCAAAAGAUGAACGGAGGAAGAUCUUACAGGCCUUCCCUGAUAUGCAUAACUCAAACAUCAGCAAAAUACUGGGCUCUCGCUGGAAAGCUAUGACGAACCUUGAGAAACAGCCAUACUAUGAGGAGCAAGCCCGCCUCAGCAAGCAACACCUGGAGAAGUACCCAGACUACAAGUACAAGCCCAGGCCGAAGCGCACCUGCUUAGUGGAUGGGAAGAAGCUGCGAAUCGGUGAAUACAAGGCAAUCAUGCGCAAUCGACGUCAAGAGAUGAGGCAGUAUUUCAAUGUUGGACAACAAGCACAGAUUCCUAUUGCAACAGCUGGUGUAGUCUACCCAGGGGCCAUUGCCAUGGCUGGGAUGCCCUCCCCACACCUGCCCUCAGAGCACUCAAGUGUGUCUAGCAGCCCAGAGCCUGGGAUGCCUGUUAUCCAGAGCACUUACGGCAUCAAAAACGAGGAGACCUCUCACGUCAAAGAGGAGAUGCAGACCGACGACAUCAAUGGGGAAAUAUUUGAUGAGUAUGAUGAAGAGGAGGAUGACCCUGAUGUAGACUAUGGCAGUGACAGUGAAAAUCACAUUGCAGGACAAGCCAACUGAUAAGGGGUCCCAGUUCUUGAUGUUGAUCUUGGAGGACUUCAAAGGAAAGCCCCAACUGGUUCAUGACCCAGUGGCCAAGCACAUGAACUUAAUCCUCAAACACUGACUGUUACUUAAAACUCUUAGUCUUAACUAGUUGGGACAUCAGCUGAUCAAUAGACAUCAGCCCUGCAUCAAAAACUUUUUGAAAGCAAAACGAAAAAAUUAAAAGAGACAAAGGCUCAGAGAAAGAAACCAUGACAAUGAGGACAACUAAUGAUGACAAAAAUGAAAAAAAAAUAAUGGACAAAAAUAAGCUAUGGGUAACAUAAUGCCAGUAAUUCAGCUGCUAUACCCAAGCACUGAAGUCUUACCCGUUCAACCUUUUAUUAUUAUUAUUAUUAUUUUUCAAAUAAACUUUAUGGUUGUUUGUUCUACAAUGUUCUAGAAAAAUUCUCACUCAGGUACACAGUGCCAACAAGUGGCUUGUGAAUGUGUUCUGUUGUUUUGUGCUACAGUUUAAAGAAAAAUAAGAUUUUUGGGGUUGGGGUGGGGGAUUCGGAGUCAAUAAUGCACCUGAUGAUGAAAAAAAAGAGAUCAUAAAAUCCUUUAUACUUUCCCCUUCAACUUUGCCACUUUUUCCCCUUUUCCUCAUUCCAGAAGUACAGCUCAUGGUACUUAUUAUUCUGGCUGGAAUGUGGGAACCACACCAGUUUUUGGCCCAUGUGGCAUUGCACAGUCUAUCAUACAGCUAUUGCUCAGGGGCAAAGAAGAGAUCCAAGGGCAUGAUGUGGAACAGCUUCAGUAAACAAGAACUGUUCAAGAGCACAGUGCUGGCUCAACAUGUGCAAGCUGAUCAGUGUGAAGGCUUUAGUAAUGUAAAAAAAAGUCCUGUAAAUUUUCUUACCCUCAACUGAGACAUUCCAUUGAGGAAAAUAGUUAAUUUUGGAAUUGACGUUAAUGUGUGAAAAAAAGUUUCCUAAAAAAAACCUCUUGUUUUGUGUGACAAAAAAGAAAAACAUAAUGCAUUCAGUAGAAAGAAGUAUAAUUUUGCAAAAAGGAACAAAACUUUUGUGUUUUCUUUUAAAUGAUUUUCUUUUUACAAAAAAGGUCCCAAAAUGUGAAAAAUCAACAAAAAUGUACAAAAAUGCCCCAGGGAGAGAAAUACUUUUGAAAUUAGUUGUUUUUGUAUGCAAGAAUGGAAUGUAUGGAGAUGUAUGUCCUUAGCAGGCUAUAACAACCUUUUCAUAAUCCCGUGGUUUUAUAGUCCAUACUUUUGAACCAUAGGAAGCUGCCUCAUGGUCGGUCAGGGACCUUUUGCAGUUCAGUGCUUGGAGAAGUUAUUUUUUGAACUACAGUUCCAUGAAACCCCCAGCCAUCAUAGGGAUUCUGCUAUUGAUAUUUCAAACAAUAGUAUUUCCAAGCUCUACUACAAACAAAUUCUAUUCUAGAAAACAGAGCCAUGACCUCCACCCAAUACAUAAUCUAGUUCCCAAAAUUACAAUUAAUUGGAGCUACACCUGCCUGUCAUUUCAUGCUACUCUACAAAAAUCCUUAGAUCAGUUUCCUUGAUCCCAAGUUGCCAGUUGGCAACGUCAUCUUGGAAGACUUGCUUGGCCAUCUCCAACCUGGAGCUCUUUUCAGCCUUGAUGCAUGUGAACUGAGUAAAUAUUGCCACAUUAGCUACACCAGGUAUACUGUAUUUCUGUUUCCACAACUCCAACCAAUCAACCCCUUCCCUUCCUCCACAAGGCCCCUUUUUACCAAUUGCACACCAGAUAUAAUCUUUGAGCAAGUGCCAAAUCUGUACUCCUGGGCUGAAUGACUUCCAUUUCAUGUUUUGCUCUCCUAGUUGGUUGUCUUUUUUCUUUAUUUCUUUCGCAUCAUCUUUUGUCUUAAGUUAGGACAAUGUUGUGUCUUAGACAAUCCCUUUGGAGAACCUGAUUACCAACAACUGAAAAAGUUAUAAUUUUGUAAAUCAAUUUUUUAAAAUGUUAACAGAAACUAUAGGUGCUGUUCUCAGGUGAAACAGAGAGAGAAAGAGAGAAAAUGGAAAAUCUUGGAUUUGUAUAUGUGUGUUGUGAUUGAUAAUGGUAUAAAUAAGAAAGCAUCACCAGACCAUUGUUAGGGAAAACUUUCAUUUAUGUGUUAUAUUUCUCAAUGACUGAGUCAUGACAUCCUUGGUUUUACAGUUCAAAUUGCUACAUAUAGAGGUAGAUUUGCAAAUGUUUGUGUGCUAUGUAUAGCAUUAGGGUGUAUUAGGUGUUUCUAAUAUACUAUUUGGAAUGUUAUAUUCCUAAUAUAAUAUUUGGGUUUAACAAAUGUGGAGGGUUUUGUUUCCAGACGUUAAGAUGGACAGUAACCUCCUCCUCUUUCAUGUGAUGGCUCAGACCUGUAACCCACAAAGCAUAGCCCCCAAACAUCAUGCAAAUAAUAUCUUGUGUGAAAAAACACAUAAACUUUGUAUGACUAUUCAUACAGAAGUUAGAAAUUAUGCUUUUUUACAUUGCAGCACCAGAAUUGCCAUGGUCAGUGCAGUCCAAAACUGUACCUAUUUAUCCAAUGCAUGUGAUCAUUCUCCUUCUCAAAAUG